UCGAUUGCUGCACGCCACUUUCGACGCAUACAGAAUUUGCAAAGCCGCUGAAAACUGAAAAAAUUCGAGGUUUAUCCGCGAUUUCUUAGCAAAAGAGCACUAUAGUUACCCUCCAAAAAAUAAAAAGUGAAUUCACAGAGCCAAAUUUUCAGAGGGUUCUUAGGCAACAACAACCGAGAAAAAGCAUAUCGGAAGAGCCGCCCAUGAGUAGUCAUCGAGACGGAGCCGGAGCCGAUCGAAUCACAAUCAAAAUCCAUAACAUGAAGCGAAGCGCCUCGCGCUCUCCGGGACCGGCCUCUAGGAGCAGUUUGUCGCGUAACUCUCGAAGCAUGGGUCGUGGUUACGACAACGGGAGUGGGGUGCCGGGCGACUCCCCGGAGCGCUUGUCACCGGAACGCAUGAGGCGCCGCUUGGACCGGUCUCCGAGUCCACGUGGCCGCUAUGGUUCUCCGCACCGGGAGCCCUACAUGCGCGGUCCUCCACCAACGGAAAGAUCCGCUGGAUACAAAGUCCUAUGCGUUAGCGCUCUGCCGCCCAAAGCUCCUGACGAUUUCAUUGAGGAGACUCUGUACCGCGAGUACAAGAAGUUUGGGGACUUCAGUGUUCGACUGGCUCAUGACCUCGACGAAAGGGUGGCCUAUGUUUGUUUCCGGACGCCGGAGGAUGCACGCGAGGCAAAGCACCAUAAGCCGCGUCUUAUCAUCUACGACAAGAUGGCUAUAGUGGAACCGGUGUACAAGUCGGCCACCAGGCCAGAGUAUAGACCCCGAGGACACUCUAUGUCUCCACCGGACUAUGAGCGAUACCACUACUCGCGUUCACCUAUGGGCCAGGGCGUUCCUCUAGAUCACCGCCGUCCACCCCUUGAUCCAUAUGACCGCUAUGGUCCUCCUCAUAUGCAUCCGCACGCAGUGCACCCUCGAGAUUAUCGGCCAAUGCACCAUGAUUAUCCCCAUCCUCCACGAGGACCACCACUACAUCGCGGCGGUCAUCCUCAUCAUCUUCAUGGCCAUGCACCACAUCAGUACGCUCCAAUGAGACCAAUGGCACCACGUCCCCACGCUCCUUACGAAAAGCCUGAGAGCAAGAAGGACAAGUUCCCGAACUACUUGCAUCACGUGCAGCCAGAGGAUGAUCCCCUAUCCACUCGAACGCUUUUUGCGGGAAAUCUGGAAGUAACCAUCGCCGAUGACGAGCUGCGCCGAAUUUUCGGCAAAUAUGGAGUUGUGGAUGAUAUUGACAUCAAGCGCCCGCCCCCGGGCACUGGUAACGCAUUUGCAUUUGUGCGCUACCAAAAUUUGGAUAUGGCUCACCGGGCAAAAAUCGAGCUAUCGGGUCAGUACAUCGGGAAGUUCCAGUGCAAGAUCGGAUACGGCAAGGUGACUCCAGCCACGCGUAUGUGGAUCGGAGGCUUGGGUGCCUGGACCUCGGUCACCCAACUGGAGCGAGAGUUUGACCGUUUUGGCGCUAUAAAGAAAAUAGAGUACCAGAAGGGCGAGCCGUAUGCCUACAUUCAAUACGAGACGGUGGAGGCGGCCACGGCAGCGGUAAAAGAGAUGCGAGGAUUCCCGCUAGGUGGACCAGACCGCCGUCUUCGCACGGACUUCGCAGAGUUGCCAGGAGCUACACCAGCUGCACCGUUCAAGGGCUCCAAGCCGCCAUAUGACGAAAGCGCUUUGGAGUACCGGCGCCCGGAAUACGAUCCAUACUACGAAGAGUCCGCGGCUUAUGCCCCGCGAGGUGGAUAUUCCCCGUAUCCACCACGAGGUGGUUACCGAGGACGUGGUGGCUAUCGCGGAAGAGGACGAGGCAUGUACCACUAUCACAACGAUGUGCACAGACCACCACAUCCCGGUUCCUUGGGAGGUUCUUCUUCUUCAGUGCCGCCUCCUGGAGGAGUGGAUGACGAGUGGCGACGACCACCAGGAGAAUCAUAUGAUAGGGGAGCCCGCUCCUCUUCUCGGGAACCUGGUGUGGAACGCUCAAGAUCUAGAUCGCCUUUGAAACGGGCUCGCUCCCCCGGAUCUGACUCAGACGCCUCGACUCGUCGCAACGAUGCCCUUGGAUCGGCUAGUACGGUGCCGGAGGUGGCGCGUAAAUGCAGCACCGUGUGGACCGGAGCUCUGAUCCUCAAGAGCUCUUUGUUCCCAGCUAAGUUUCAUCUGACUGACGGAGAUACUGAUAUCGUUGAAUCCUUAAUGCGCGACGAGGAGGGAAAGCACAACCUACGUAUUACCCAGCGACUUCGCUUGGAUCCGCCGAAGCUGGACGAUGUGCAGAAGCGCAUUGCAUCCUCUUCGUCUCAUGCCAUUUUCAUGGGCCUUGCAGGCUCCACAAACGAUACCAACUGCGACGAUACUAGCGUACAGACGCGUCCGUUAAGAAACCUAGUUUCCUACUUGAAGCAGAAGGAGGCGGCUGGCGUCAUCUCACUGCUUAAUAAGGAGACGGAGGCUACCGGUGUGCUGUACGCCUUUCCACCAUGCGAAUUCUCUACAGAGCUCUUAAAACGCACCUGCCACAGCUUGACGGAGGAAGGCCUUAAGGAGGACCACCUGGUAAUAGUGGUGGUGCGCGGUGGAACGGCCUAAGAUGAAAUGGCGUUGAAGGAGAGGAGACAAACUGGAGGUAAUGACUAGCCGCAGUGCUCAAUGGAUGACUCCGCCACACCUAACUAUAACCUAGCAGCCGUAGUAGUAUCUUAGAUGCCCCCACAAAAAAUGAGAAGAGGACAAAUGGGGGCCCACAUACAUGCACGGGUCGUGUAUGUGCAUCCUCACAGCACCGCACACACGCACACACAUGAACUCAAGCAUGAUGCACAUACAUUUAGAGACAUGAGCAGAAACGAGGAGACAUCACCCACACUUCAUGACCCAAAUCCGUCUAAAUUAACCAUUAAUUAACAUUCUUUUGCAGACAGGAUAUCUCUUUAUGGUUUCCUUUCAAGUUCUGAAUGUGUUAGUGACAGUGAAGUUUAUACAUUUUUUUAUUGUUGUGCCAAAAGUUUAAAGAAAAUCAAACACUAAUGUAUUUAAAAACAUAUACCUAUAAAAUUUUCCCAAUUUUAUUAUGUUCAAGUGAGAAGAAAAACAACAAGAGUAAAAAAAAUCCUAACAUUUUCUUAAAGCACUCAAUUCGAGUGUCCGCUUAUGGAUCAACAACUAGUGCAAAAUAAUUUCGAUGAAAUAGUUUUUGUGUUCCUUAAAAUUAAUUUUCCAUUUUGAUUUGUGUUACACUGAUGAUGAGUUUGCCUUUUGGUCUUCAGUUUGUGAACGAUGUUUAAAAUACAGUGCGACAAGAAGUGCACCAGUGCACCAAGUAGUGGUCUGAUUGUCCAGUUGAGUCCAAAGCGAGGAUUAUGGAGUGCUUCCCGGAGUUGGUUUGCAGUGAAAUUUUCUCCGUUAUAACAGCAAUCAGUGCGAAGUGAUCAAAUUCUAGCUGAAUUUCAGUUUUCCUCAAUCUCUCCCAGAGGUUAUUUGGUGCUUGGUGUUUUUUUAGGCCUGUGGGUGUGUGAAAGUGGCUAAAUCCAAAACCAAAUCGUGUUUUGAUCCCAAAACUUUAUCCGUCUUCCAUCCGAAGAGAGAACGUCGUGUAGCAUUUGCUCCAAAAUGUCUCUGCUGUUUGAUUGGGUUUGGCAAUUGUUACAUUGGUUUUCUUGUGGCUGCUCUCAACAGAAUUGUGUUUUGUUUAUAAUUUAUAUAUGCGUUCAUAUGAUACAUUUAUGUUUCUGUGAGUUCAAGUGUCAUUCCACGGACCGAAAUCAGUUAUUACGAUGAAAAUUCAAGUAGUUGGCCCAGUGCAUGUGCUGUGUAUGCGUGUGUUCUCAAAUAUAUUAUUUAUAUAUAUAUAUAUAUAUAGCAAUCGUAAAUCUGUACCCUCUGAGAUAGUUAAAACGAUUAAACGCAGUUAACUUACAUCAUUAGACAGAUGCAAAAAUUACUUUUGCUUUAAAAAAUAUUAUAUCAAACUAUUAUACAGAUAUUUAAAUAAACGUCAACUACCGAAA